AUGUACACCACAAUUCCAGCUUCAUCACCACCUGUUCUGGCUUCCUCAUCCUCGCCAUCACCUACCCUGCUCACUGCUGUCAAGACUGGAGUGAUUCUCUGGUGUGGUGCAUGUCAUGUGACCUCUCGCCCCUCCCUGUCAUGUGAUCGCGCUGAGCCAAUCGCGUCUUCCUCAUUCAGAGGAGUGGGGGAGCCAGCCCAUACCUGUGGACAGGCCAGGUGUUUCUAUUUGGAACCAAUCCAUGGCGAGCUGGAACAGAGAGCUGGGGGCUACUGUGUCCACCUAAUAACUAGCAGAAACUACUGGUCUGAGUGGUCCAUCUGCAUCCCGAGGAAACGAACCCCGCAGAAAGAUGCGAACCCCACACGUGACAUAUACAGACCAUCGGUCAGACGGAGAGGGCUAACCAGGACCUGGAGGCGGCUCUCCGCUGUGUGUGCGACCGACACCCUUCGCCCUGAUCCUCCCACCUCCCUUGGGAGUCGGAGAUCCCUAUCCCAUCCAUCUACCAGCAUAUCCGCCGUGCUCAUCAGGUGUGGUGGUAUGCUAGAACGACUUUGUCCCGGACGGCUGCCUGGAACCGUAGGCUGGCGAAUCUCCACAGGAUUUCCUCACCCACUUAUCAACCUGGAUACCAAGAAGUAUGGCUGUCGUUUUGGGACUUACCAUUGGCUGGCUCCUUUAGGAUGCAUUCUCCCAGGUUUGUGGGGCCCUUCAAGAUCACCAGGAUCAUUUAACUCUAGCUUUGUCCACGUCUCCAUUCUCAAGCCGAUCUCCACCAGUCUGCUGUGCCCUCCGUCAAUGCCUACUCCCUGCAUGAUGGAUGGUCACCCUGUUUACACUGUGAAGACCAUCUUAGAAUCCAGAAGGCAGGGCAGGGGGGUUCAGUAUCUGGUUGACUGGGAGGGCUAAGGUCCUGAAGAACACUCAUGGGUCUCCAGCUGCUGUAUUCAGCUCCUGUAUCCACCAUAUAUGGAUAGUCCGCUGACGUCACAUUUGAACAAAAUUCCAAACGGACCUUUUGGAGGAAGUAAGAUGGAAUGCAAGAUUGUUUUAUAAUUAUCUCUGCAUUGCCUCCACGGUUUGGGACUUAUACAGAUCCCAAAUACAAAUAAGUAUGCGCCACCAGGUAGAAAAUUGAUUUUUUAUUUUUUUUAUAAUUGGGCCGCUUUAACUGACGUAUUGUUGUCCUGAAAAACACUCUUGGUGUUAUGUGAUUGUCUUCUUGUACCAUAGGCAGAACAAACAAGGACGUAAAAAUAGCAUCAAUAAUUGGAAUACCUAGAGCUACGAAGUGAUA